CUUACAACUGUUUUGGGAGGAAGUAUUUGUUAUUGAUUGAUGAACUGUCGAAAGGGUGAAAUAUUGAUUUUAUGAUAAAUCAGAGAUCGGGGAGAGACAGAGAUGGCGUUCCAGGCCCCAACAGUCGGACAAGAAAGGGCCAAUCGUAAGAUAUUAGAGCAGCUAGAAGAGCAGAAGAAAAGGUUGCGUUUGCAACACAAUCCCCAGAACAACUCAGGAAGUUCAAAUUCCAGUAGCUCUGCAGCAGCCAAUCCCGUGUCUUCAAACAGCGGAGCACCUGUUAUUCAUAUGGCAAUGGACAGUCAGCAAAUGACAGUUGCACAGAAAACAGCCAUGCAGCAUGCCAUGGCAAACUCAGUUGGUUACUUCAUUACACAAGACUCUUCGUUCGGAAAUCUGAUUUUACCUGUGUUACCAAGAUAUGACAAGUGAUUAUGAUUAGACUUUCGAUUGCAUUAUCAUGGAUAUUGUUGGUAAGAACACAUCUUGCUUCAAUUAUCAUCAUGGACUUCGGUUUGAUCAGAUGAGUUUAUCAUUUGGGGUGUGAUCAAUUCACAUAGAUACUAGUAGUUAGGGGCAUGAUCAAAUCAUACUAGAAGUUAGGGGCGUGAUCAAAUCAUACUACUAGUUAGGGGCAUGAUCAAAUCAUACUAGUAGUUAGGGGCGUGAUCAAAUCAUGGCAGAUGCCAUGGCCCAGAAAGAACAACUGACCCCACAACUUCACAAAUUUACCAGGAACAUUAAUGGCAUUUAGCAUAGGUACAGAUAUAACGGAGAAGGCCUUGGCAGGAUGGGUAUGGUGCCUUUCCUUUCAGUUGCCAGAAGGCACAAGACACAGGAUCCCAAAAUUCUAUUGAGUAGCAAUGAAAUAAAUAAUAGUUAUUGUUCCCCCCAUUCUUCAAGCGAAUCUGAGACAGGCAAAGAAGGAAUAAGAUUUUCUCAGAAAUUUGAAUGUGAAAACUGUAGAUUGCUGGCUCAAUCAUUUGUACACCUCAGAUCAUUAGCCAUUUAGGUUCCAAUUUUCUUGGGAAGGCUUCAGUUCGCUCAAAAGUUGAGAGACCCAGAAUCAAACCAGAAUGAAGUCAUACCAAAGACUUUAAAAAAUGGUACUUGUUGCUGCCUCGCUUGGCGCUCAGCACUGAGAGGCUAGAGCAAGGAAACAGGACUGCUAGGCCCUCUAUCAGUAUAAUGUGACUAGGUGAGGGUGUCAUGUCUGGUUAGCGGUGUCUUCGGCAUGAUACUUCAGUGGAGGCAGCACUUUGGCGGCAUGGACUUGCCGUACUACAAGAUCGAGACACAGUAUAUGUGAACAUGCCAAAUGACACCUCGUCGUCAUACACCUAAAAAAUGAUUAAAUACAACGUUAAACCCCAACAAUCAGUUAUUCCAUUUUUUAAUCCGUCCACAACUUAAGCUGUGGCUUUAUGGCUUGAAGCCUGUCAGUCACCUGGCAACGUUGUCAUCUGCCUGGUUUUCCCAUCCCAUUAUUAGAACUCCCAUCAUGUAAAUGAAAAAUCAUUGAGUAUAGUAUAAAAAUUUCCAUUUUAAUAAAUUAAGAAUUGCAUCAGCAAGAUUAACCAAGCCACCAUCAUGUAACUGUAAGGGAAAUGCCCUUGAACAUAACAUGAAAAUGCCAAUGAAAUAAAUUAAAAAAGAUGUGCAUCAGAAUAUUGUAACGACAUGGCAUGGUUACAUUUUUUUUGUUACACUGUAAUGGCUCUUGUAAUAUAUUUCGAUUA